CAAAGGGCCAAUGGUCCAACUGUUGCUUGUAAACAAAACCCGGCCCGGCUAUUAUUUUAUUUGAUUUUGUUUAUUAAAUCGUUACCGCCAUGCUGCCACUGCGUUUCAGCUGGAGGCUCGGCAGGAGCGUCGCCUGCUUCAGCAGCAAGGCCAAGCGCGAAUUUGUCGCCCGGUACAGCGGCGAGUACCCAGAUAAGCUGCUCAGCAAGAAACAGAAGACGCCCGCCCACAUGUAUGUGGCCAAUGCGGAGGCGGCACAGCGAAUUGGCCAGUACCUGGAGCCGCAUCUGCAGCAGACCAGCUGCGACACCGUGCUGGAGCUGAAUCCCGGCGUGGGUCACUUCACCAAGCACCUGCUCGACCGCGAGUCGCAGUUUCGCAAGAUUAUUCUCCUCGAGAGCAUGGAAUACUUUAUGCCACGGCUGCAGGAGCUGCACACAUUGUAUCCGGAGCGGGUGAAGGUGCGCCAAGGGGACAUGGUCAACCUCUGGAAGCUGGUCUUCAUGGACAAGAUGGACAACGGCGUGCGGGUGGCCGAGCUGCUGCACGAUGUGCCCCAGAGGGCGUUUAACGACGAUAUCAACAUGCUGGUCUUUGGCGCCGUGGGCUCGUAUUCGUUCUUCAAGCAUCUGAUCAAUUCGCUCGUGUUCCAGACGAGUCUCUACAACCUCGGUCGCUGUGAAAUGAUCCUGGCGAUGCCUCCUCCCAUUUACAUACACCUGACGUGCAACAAUGAUGUGGGCUACCUCAUCUACCGCUCCACCACGGUGCUGUUCCAGAUACUCUUCGAGCAUCGGUUCAUUGCCAAGGUGCCGCGGGAGGAUUUCCUGCCGCUGCAGGCCGAAUAUAAGCUCACGAAGAGCAGCAAGCUGGGCAAGGUGCGUGCCAUCAAUCCGGAGUACUUGUAUCUGGUUAAAUUUGUGCCCAGGCGCAAUCUUCACGAGCUGUGCUCGCCCCAAGACCUGGUGGCGCUCUGGUUCUUCGUCAAGCAGAAUUACGUGAGCCGGCGGAAUCGCAUAAUACCCAAUCUCGAAAAGUGGGUGCCCGGCUGUGGGCCCAGGCUGAUCAUCAAUCCGCAAGCCUCAGAGCCGAUUUUGCCCACAUAUCCGGAUGAGUCGCCGCAGAAGCUGCCGCAAUACACCACACAGGGCACCACGAUGAGCACAAAAGACUUCUUUCCGGGCAUCAAUAUAUACACGCAGUUUGGCGACCUCAGGCCCAGUCAGAUGCUGACACUGUUCACACAGUUCCGCCAGUGGCCGGAGUACCAGGAGAGCUCUUUCCUGGCCUCCAUGGAGAACGCGCUGCUCAAGAUGGAGACGGCCAAUGAUGAGCAGAGCCUUGAGGAUGUCGUCAAUCUGCCCGAGGAGGAUGACAUCGGUGCAGAGGAGCUGCUUGACGAGGUCAAACCCGAACCAGCCACGGACCGGCAGAAGGCCAAAGCCGCAUAGAUUUGUUUGUUGUACAUAAGGAAUUAUUAUUGUUAUGAUUAAAGUUAAAAUCUCUUUGAA